AUGAUAACGGUAUCAAAGUAUUUCGCGACCUGGAGCAAGGUUAUGCUGUUAGCCAUAUUUAUUCUAAAAUAUGGCAUCGUGUUACAAAGCGAGUCGGCCCACGCCAUUGAUUAUUUGGUCAAAAACCAAGAUCCGACGUUCAAAGAAGUAUAUUUCUUCAAUGACAAAUAUAAGAUCUACAAUAUGUCAAAUCGCUUGUUUUAUUGGCUCUAUACUAGAGAACAGCCCAAAGGUCAACUUUUAAACACAAGUGAUCCGAACAUGAUAAAAUCGACCAACUUUAGUGUCGAAAAUCCGACAAAAAUUCUCGUACACGAUUGGCUCGGAAGUUUCUACGAAAAAGAUUGCUUUUGCGCACACAUAUUGGAAGCUUAUUUACUCGUGGGAGCUUACAACGUGAUUUGCGUGGAUUGGAUGCAGUUCUCUUUUGAUAUAAUGUAUGCAUCGGCAAAAAUCAAUGCUAAAUACAUCGGUUACGAUAUAGCUAAAGUUUUGAACAUUUUAUCGAAAGACACGAGUGUAGGGUCUGAAAAUAUUCACUUGAUCGGUCACGGCUUGGGAGCCCAUAUCGUCGGAUACACUGGGAAAAAGUUAAGCGGUAAAAUUUCUCGGAUUACCGGAUUAGAUCCUGCUAUGCAACUAUACGAAAAUACUGAUCCGAAAUACAGGAUCAAUAAAAAUGACGCUACCUUUGUAGACAUCAUACAUACAAACGGAAAAGGUCUCGGGUUGAUUGAGCCACUAGGUCAUAUAGACUUUUACCCGAACGGAGGAAAAAAACAAAUGAAUUGCAGAAUUGCAGAUAGAGUUACCGGCGGUGCGUGCAGUCACGCCAAAGCUUUCGAUUAUUUCGCCCUCUCCAUUUUGGCUAGAAAAGAAUGCAAAGCACUCCAAUGCACCAAUUGGAGCGAUUACGAAGCUGGAGAGUGUGGUGAAUUCGCCAAAAGUACAUACAUGGGUGAACACGUGGACAAAAAUCAAACCGGAAUUUAUUAUUUAUGA